AUGAAAAGGAUGAUAACACAGGAGCACAGGCUAUUUGGACGAGGCCAAAUACUUGACAGGCGCCAACUGUUAAACGAGAACUAUGCAGUAAUCUGUGUUAUGGUUACCCUCCUCACUAAGGUGUUCCAUGGCGCUCUGGAAUACAUGAUGCGGUUCACCAACGGGAUGGAUGACGCGGGGAGUGACUCGGGCGACGACUCUAGCUACACGAUGAAGAAGAUGAAGAACGCAAAAGCGAGGAGGAGGGCCAAACCACACCGGAGGUUGACCCCGAAAAAAUCCGUCGACGGCUCACAUUCCUUGACAACGACGUGCUGCAGCUCGAACUGUCGGCCAAAAUCCGAGUUAAUGGGUCGGCUUGGUCGCCAAAUAUGUCUUUCGGCUCGAGCUCGUGCCCCUGGAUCGAACUGA